AUGGGUCUUACAGUUCAUAGUGUCACCGCCUUGAUUUCUUUCUUCUGGUGUUGUCGUAGUCGUCGGUGUUGCUUUUUACUGUCGCAAUCGGAUCUGCGUUUGGUUUCUCAAUCAGACAUUCUCUUUCCUGUCGCUUGGAAACUUUGUUCAUCUGUUUGGUUGCCGAGAAAUUACGAACAAGAAAAGGUUUUUGCAAAGGGUGGAGGUGAAGAGGGUGGAGGUGAAGAGGGUGGAGGAGAGAGAAGGGAGCGGAGCGGAGCAGAUGGGUGGGUGCAGAGGAGGAGAGAAGGGAGAGAGCGGAUAGGUGGGUGCGGAGGAGAGAAGGGAGAGAGAAGAGAGGGAGAAGGGAGGCAGGGGUUGGGGGAGAUGGGGAUGACUGGUGAGGUAGGAGACGGAUCGGGUUUGCAGGGAAAAAGAAAACCUUUUUUCAAUUUUUAAUUUUUAAUUUUUUAAUAUUCAUUGUGGGUCCAUAUUGACACGUGGCGUCCAAUUAACGGAAAACUUAACAACCAAACUAAUGGAUGUAUAAGACUGUCCCAAAAAUAAUACUUUAGUAUGACUCUGGGACAAAAAACUUCAUGUACCAAAUAUGGAAAACUUAAAAGCCAAACUAAUGAAUGUA